GUUUUGAUGAGUGAGUGAACGACUCAAACGUAUAUGACUUACAAAUUAUCAUUCAUUUCAUUAUUUAUUUCAAUUACUUAUUAAUUAUUAAACAAUUAAUUCAUUUCAAUAAUCCUUUUAAUUAUAAUUAUGUCCACAAAUAAUGACAACAAUUCAGAGACCGAUUCAAUGGCUGAUAAAAGCUCUUCAAGUGAUGAAACCAAUGAUUAUAUCAACAAUAAUACAAAGACAAUGAGUGAUGUGAAUAGCGGUGGAAGUAGUGGUGGCAGUAGUGGUGGCAGUAGUGGUGGCAGUAGUGGUGGCAGUAGUGGUGGCAGUAGUGGUGGCAGUAGUGGUGAUGAUAGCGAUCAAGUGAUGAGUGGUAACGCGAAGACUGGUUGCGGUCGUUGGGAUGAUAACAACGAUAAGAAUGAGAAUAAUGCGGAUCCGUUGUCGUGCAGUUUGAUGAGCAGCUCUUCAGAUUUGGACCGACAGAUAGAACAACUCAGAAGAUGUGAAAUCAUUAAAGAGUCGGAAGUGAAGAGUCUUUGCGCUAAAGCCCGAGAAAUACUGGUGGAAGAGUCGAAUGUACAGCGAGUGGACGCACCCGUCACUGUGUGCGGUGACAUUCACGGCCAGUUCUACGAUCUGAAGGAGUUGUUCAAAGUGGGCGGUGAUGUUCCCGACACUAAUUACCUGUUUAUGGGAGACUUUGUGGACCGAGGCUUCUAUUCAGUGGAAACAUUUCUACUCCUAUUAGCGCUUAAGGUUCGAUAUCCCGAUCGGAUUACUCUAAUUAGGGGUAAUCACGAGUCCAGACAAAUAACACAAGUCUAUGGCUUUUACGACGAGUGCCUCCGAAAGUACGGAUCAAUAACUGUUUGGAGAUAUUGUACCGAAAUUUUUGAUUACCUCUCGCUUUCAGCCAUUAUUGAUGGAAAGAUAUUUUGUGUUCACGGGGGUCUGAGCCCAUCCAUCCAGACAUUGGAUCAAAUACGUGUCAUUGACCGCAAACAAGAGGUGCCACACGACGGCCCAAUGUGUGACCUGUUGUGGUCAGACCCCGAGGACACACAGGGCUGGGGUGUGUCGCCAAGAGGUGCCGGUUAUCUGUUUGGGUCUGACGUGGUUUCCCAAUUCAAUGCAACCAAUCAUUUAGAUAUGAUAUGUAGAGCUCAUCAACUUGUUAUGGAAGGGUUUAAAUGGCAUUUCAAUGAGACUGUAUUGACGGUGUGGUCGGCACCCAAUUACUGCUACCGAUGCGGUAAUGUGGCCGCUAUUCUCGAAUUAGAUGAGAAUCUUCACCGCGAUUUCACCAUUUUUGAAGCCGCGCCACAGGAAAGCCGAGGCGUGCCCUCCAAGAAACCACAACCCGAUUACUUCCUUUGAAAAUCAUUUAUACCAUAAGACAACUAAUUUUAUACUCAAUUCUUGCAAUUCAAAUCAUUUUCUUGUAUUAAUUAGAGUUUGUUUUCAAUGCAUUGG